GGCCGCUCUCCCCCUCAGCCGCUCCCGAGGCCCCGCGGGCCCGGCCCCGCUUUGUCCGCCCGGCGGUCCCUCGGUGCGCGGGUCGGUCGGUGUCCGCCCGGGCCGCCCAGCCCCGGCCCGCCCGUCGACGGGUUGCGGGAGCACGCGGCUUUGCCCUACUUUCCGUGGCGGCAGCCCCGGGGAAGCUUCGCCCUGGCCUAGAUCGCUGUCGUCCCCCCCCCCCCCCCCGCUCCCCUCUCCGCCCCCCUCCUCUCCCGCUCAGCAGGGCCGCGGGUGCGGGCAGCGCCCACCUGGCUGGGGAGGGGGUGCUCGCUUGGCUCCGGGACAGAUUUUGUAUUUUGUACAUACAUUGUUUUGUAUAUACUGUAUAUGAUGACUUCGGUGGGCAGUGAACGUACCCGGGGCACUCGGGACAAAAUGCAAAUUUCAGCCACACAGCCAACGCAACCACAGAAACAAGUAGUGCAGGCAACAGCAGAACAGAUUCGCCUUGCUCAGAUGAUCUAUGAUAAGAAUGAUGCAGAUUUUGAAGAUAAAGUGAAACAACUUAUGGAAGUGACGGGGAAAAACCAAGAUGAAUGCAUAGUGGCACUACAUGAUUGUAAUGGGGAUGUGAACAGAGCAAUCAACAUACUGCUGGAAGGAAGUUCAGACACGACUUCUUGGGAGACCGUAGGGGGAAAGAAGAAAAGCCUUGGAAAGGAAGGUUCAGAAAACAAAGAGAACAGAGAGAAACGAGGGGACAGAGAAGUGAGUCGCGGACGGGGAAGUUCCAACAGACGAGGAAGAGGAGGCAGCCGUGGACGAGAGUUUAGAGCUGAAGAGAAUGGAGUGGACAACAGUCAAGGAGACAGGCCUUCAGACCGUGGGAAACGUGGUCGUGGGAGAGGGUUUGGACGUGGCAGAGGGAGAGGAGCGGGGAGGUUUUCAGCCCAAGGCAUGGGGACAUUUAAUCCUGCAGACUAUACGGAGUCUUCUGCCACUGAUGGCUUUGGGACAAAGUCAGAGAUCUGGGAGUCUGGUCAGAAUGAUGCAGAUGAUGGAACUGAGCCCACAAAGAGUGGAUGUUACCUUGCUCAGGACCUGCCAAAUAAUUUUGGAUUCCAAGGAGCAUGGAAGAACUCAAUAGAAGAAUGGACAGCUGAAGACUGGAAUGAAGAUCUUUCUGAAACAAAAGUCUUCACUGCAUCUUCUGUUCCAGCUGAAAAUCAUGUGACUGCUGGGCAAAGCAUUGAUUUGGUGACACUGCUUCAAAAGCCAGUGACAUCUACCCAAGAGACAGAAGGCAACUCAUUUGAGUCUUCCCAGCAGCAGACCUUUGGCCAAGCCUUAGUAUUCACAAAUUCUCAGCACAGCACUCAGAUGGCAUCAGGAACAGGCAGCUCCAGUGCUGUAAACUCUUAUUCUUCUCAAAGUCUGUCGGCAGUUCUUUGUUCUGGCUUUGGAGAGCUCAGAUCUUCUAAAUUGGCAAACUCUACUGGUUCCCAAAUCUUGGACCAAUUGAAAUCACCGGGAUUGGGUCAGUUUACCUCUCAACAAACCAAUAGCAGUUCUGCCACCACUAGCACAGUUGCUGCGUCAUCCUGGGAUCUAAAACCACCUAGUACUCAGUCCUCAGUCCUCAAUCAGUUUGACUUUAAAUCCCAGCCUGAGCCAUCUCCAGUUCUGAGCCAGCUGACGCAGCGACAGCAACAAAUGCAGGUGGUUCCUGUUCCACCUCCUGGGCUGGAGUCGUCCUCCUCCCAGGUAAAACUCCAAGAGCCAUCAUCAGUAGACACCUCUACAGCUGUUAGCAAAAUAUUACAGCUCCCUUCUAUCUCUAUGGAUAACCAGGCAGUGACUGUUCAUCAAACCCAGCAGAAACAGAUAAAACCACCAAAAAGGAGGAUAACUCCAGCAUCCAAGAUUCCUGCCUCUGCUGUGGAGAUGCCUGGAUCAGCAGACAUAACAGGGUUAAAUGUUCAGUUUGGAGCUCUUGAGUUUGGAUCAGAGCCUACACUCCCAGAGUUUGGAUCAACUUCAAGCAGUGAGAAUACCAACCAGGCGACCAACAAUAGCUUAUAUUCAAAAUCUGUAAAGUAUGUUGAUUCUUUGAAUACCUCUUUGCCAAUAUCCAAUACAGUACAGGAUUCCACCUACACAACGUCUGCCAUCAGCUCUUCCAGUCUGACCUGCUCAUCCCAGAGCACUAGCCCAGUAACAACUUCCUCCUAUGACCACACUUCUGUGCAUAGCAGGAUAGCGUACCAAAGCUCCAUGGCUCCAUCUGAACCAAACCCUGUUGCAGUUACGAACGGGCACAGUGGUGUUAGGACACAGGCAACACUCAACACUAUUUCAUCAGUUGCAGCACCUAAGACAGAGCCUUCUCCCUCGCUACCUUCAGCUGGUUCUCUGCCCAGUGUGGUGUCUACCACGGCCUCGCUUCUGUCUUCAGCAUCGCAGCACGUGGCAGCAUUGCCCAGCUUGCCUCAGUCCAGUGAUCUGGCCAGCAGCUCACUCUCCCAGCUGAGCAGCUCCCUUUCCAAUCAUCAAACCAGCCUCUCUCCUGCCUCAGUGUUGUCUUCAGGCACAUCACAUGUGCACACUAGUAUUGAGAACACAACUUCGCUCCAGCCCUCAACAACCUUUUCAACUGCUUCAACCUCAGCCACUAGCACCACCUCCUCGGUUGUCAGCAUGGCAAGCAGUAUGAACACUACAAACAGCCUUGGCCUGAGUGUUACCAGUGUGUCUAUACCGGCUGCUACCACACGGGCAGCUCCCUUAGUGUCUUCAGGCAAAGCACCCCCAAACCUGCCCCAAGGUGUACCACCCUUGUUGCAUAACCAGUAUAUUGUGGGACCUGGAGGACUUCUGCCUGCCUACCCACAGAUUUAUGGUUAUGAUGAUCUCCAGAUGCUUCAAUCCAGACUGCCAAUGGAUUACUAUGGAAUUACAUUCCCGGCUCCUGCAACCUUGACAGGCAGAGAUGGGAGCCUUGCUAACAACCCGUACUCAGGUGAUGUAACAAAAUUUGGCCGUGGAGAUACUGCCUCUCCUGCUCCUGCAACCACACUGGCCCAGCCACAGCAGAACCAGACACAGACUCACCACACGACUCAGCAGCCCUUCCUCAACCCGACCCUGCCCCCAGGGUACAGCUACACUGGGCUCCCUUACUAUGCUGGGAUGCCUGGUGUUCCCAGUGCAUUCCAAUAUGGGCCAACCAUGUUUGUACCUCCAGCAUCUGCUAAACAGCAUGGAGUCAACCUGAACACGGCAUCGACUCCCUUUCAGCAGACGAGUGGCUACAGCCAGCAUGGCUACGGUGCAGGCUACGAUGACUUAACGCAGGGAACGGCAGCUGGAGAUUACAGCAAAGGAGGCUACAGUGGGUCAUCUCAAGCACAAAACAAAUCUGCUGGCACUGGACCUGGGAAAGGUGUUUCUGUGACCUCAAGUAACACGGGUGUGCCUGAUAUCAGUGGCUCAGUCUAUAACAAGACUCAGGUAUUCAGUGUGACUUGGCUUCCUCGUGGGACGUUUGACAAGCAGGGAUUCCAUGCUGGCACUCCGCCUCCCUUCAGCCUGCCUUCUGCUCUUGGAUCCACUGGGCCCCUGAACCCUGGUGCUGCCCCGGGUUAUGCUCCAGCCCCAUUUCUCCAUAUCCUCCCUGCUCAUCAGCAGCCUCAUUCCCAGAUGCUGCAUCACCACCUUCAGCAGGAUGGGCAGGGUGGAUCUGGCCAACGCAACCAACCCAGCACCAUGCAGCAAAAGUCUCAGGCUACCAAAACCGCCUAUGGCACUUCUCCAUACUGGACAAACUAAACCCAAAACCGGGGAGGGGGGAGAGAAUGAAAGGAGAGAAGGAAGGAAGAGAAAAGAAAAA